CCAAUUUCCAUUAUCUAAAAUCAUCUAAAGAGCUAUUUAAAUUAUCUAAGCAUACAAAAAAACACACAAAUCUUUAAAUAUUUAUUAACAACAGCGCCCUCUAGAGGUCUGUAAAGACAUUAAGCAGACGUCAUCUCUAUAUUUUAUUGUCUCUGCCAUUUGCUAGCAGCAGAAAAAAAAUUAUUUUGAUUAGACGGUCGUAUAAAAAAAGUUUCGAAAGCCUUAUAAAAAAAAAGCAUAAACAACACAAAAAGUACAUAAAUUACAGCAAACAAAUUAAAACAAAUUGUUUGGACAUAAAUAAAAACAGCAAGAAACAAAUGCAAUUGCAGGGAAUUAACAUGAGGCGACAAGCCUAAAAAAUAAUGUCAAAAGAAAUGAGAAAAAAGUGUGUGUGUGAAGAAAAUUUAAGAAAAAAAAGGUGCUCCGCUGGCCAAAAAAUAAAAUACUAAAAUAACCAAAAAAAAAGAAGAAAAUCAAAAGAAACAAAAAUAAAAAAACGAAACAAUAAGAAGUUGGCUAAAAUUGAAAACACAAACAUAUUAAUGGAAUUCAAUAAGAAAUUUAUGAAAUUAAAAGAAUUUCCAAUUUGGCAAACUAGCGUUUGUUUAAUUUAAAGUGUAUUGUGGCGAAAAUCUUAAGAAAGACCUCCCCCGGUGUUAAUGAAAUUUUAAUGGACUACCGGGCUUUAGGCUGAGACAACAGUGCUAGUGCUUCCUCUUGUAGUGUAAAGUUUUAAAAGUCGGGUUGUGGUUUAUUUUUUGUGUUUUCUUCUAUAUUUCAUUUAGUUGGCUCAUCAUCAUCAUUCAAAGGACAUGGAAAGCAUUUGUAGAUUGUGCUUCCAACCGGCAGCGGUAAGUACGAUGUUGUUUCAAGUACCCGGCUAUAAUAUACCCACCUGUGUAAAGUGUUCAGAGCAUUUGACAAACAGUGGUAAUGGCUUUUAUCAGGCAGUAGCUGCCACUGCUUCUGGCGGCCAACCGGCACUGGCGGCAACAGCUGCUGCUGCAAACACCAAUAACAACUCUAACAAUAAUACUACAACCAACAGCAACAAUAACAACAACAACAACUCCAGCAAUACAGCGAAUAAUUUGAAUCAACAACAAAUGCCUCAACAACAAUUACAAAACUCCACCAAUUCGACCAAUAGUCUACAAUCGCAGGACGAUUCGGAAGAUCAGAGGGUGCAACAAACACCACGCCGUCCGCGUAAAAACGGUGUUAAUAAAAUCCAACAAAUCACGAUGUCCUCCUAUGAAUUGGAGAAGACCAUACAACAUUUAGAUGUGGACUUAAUAUUCAAUGAAGAAGGCUCAUGUCCUUUAUGCAAUAAAACCUUUUCAAGGAAAUCCUCUUUGAUAACACACAUACGCAAUCAUGCAGCUGAAAGGAAAUUUGUAUGCAAUUAUUGCAAUAAAGGUUUCACUCAAGCGGCCAAUUUAAGAAAUCAUGAGCGCAUACACACCAAUGAUCGUCCUUAUGUUUGUGUGGAUUGUGGCAAAACUUUUACACAGAUCACCAAUCUAAACAAUCACAGACGUUUGCAUACCGGCGAACGUCCCUUUGUUUGCAUUGAGCCGGAAUGUGGGCGCUCGUUUGCCCAAGUAACCAAUCUGAAUAAUCAUAUGAAAACCCACCAUAAAGUCCAACAAUACUGUUGCAAUCAAUGCCCGAAGAAAUUCACGCAAGUCACCUCGCUCAAUCAACAUUUACAAGCUCAUGCCGGCAUUACCGGCUACUAUUGUCCCCGGUGUCCGGAAAAGACCUUUAAGCAGCAAUCCCAGCUACACACCCAUAUGAAAUCACAUGGUCUUCAGUAUCCCUUCGAGUGUUCGAAGUGUGAUGAGAAAUUCUUGCAGCAGGCCCACUUGGAGCAGCAUCUGAAGAUGCAUGAUGAGUUCAAAUACAAGUGCAAUAUUUGUCCUAGUUCGUUCAAUCAGGAGACCCUACUUAAGAAGCAUGAACAACGUCAUUUAGAGGGCAGGUACCUCACUUGCCCUGUGGCCAAUUGUAAUGAGGCGUUUGCUGUUCGCCAACAUCUCUCGAAACAUUUGCUAAAUAGUCAUUCGCAUACCGAACUACCGCCUCCAAAACGCUCCAAGAAAUGCAUAACAUUACAACCGCCUCAACAGCCUGUCACCAUGGUUGGCCAGCCAUUGUCUUUACAACAUGCACCCCAACGUGGUCGCCCCCCUAAGAAUAAAAAUAAGGUAAAUUCUUUAAAUAUUCCAUCAUUGAUUAAAAUCGAAAUUAAUGAUGUUCUGAAUUAUAAUCAGCCAGUUAUAAAUAAUGUAAGUGGCCUUUCGAUACCACAACAAUUAAAUCAGCACCUGCAACAGCAGCAGCAACAACAGCAGCAGCAACAACAACAGCAGCAACAACAACAGCAGCAGCAACAACAGUUACUACAACAGCAACAACAUCAGCUAUUAUUGGGCAAUCAAGUUAAAGUCCGCUACAUACCCAAUAAUCAAAUCAAAUAGAAAUCAAGAAAAAUGUAUUCAAAACUUAUGAUCUGUCAUAAUUUUUGAAUAUUUCUUUCAUCAACUUUAUAUAAAUACAUAUUUU